GGCCACCGUGACAUCAGGCCUGGCUGGCGCCGAGUGCAAAUCGCCGCCGCCCCGCGACCCGCCUUCUCCCGCAGCCAACAAAAGCCCCGGGCGGCCGCCGGCCCCAGCACCGCUCCCGAUACCGACCGGCCCGGCCCGGCCCGGCCCAGCUGCAGGAUGCCGAACUGGGGCGGAGGGAAGAAGUGUGGUGUCUGCCAGAAGGCCGUGUACUUUGCCGAGGAAGUGCAAUGUGAAGGCAACAGCUUCCACAAGUCCUGCUUCUUGUGCAUGGUCUGUAAGAAGAACUUGGACAGCACCACUGUUGCUGUGCAUGGAGAGGAGAUCUACUGCAAGUCCUGCUAUGGCAAGAAGUACGGUCCCAAGGGCUAUGGAUACGGGCAGGGAGCAGGGACCCUGAGCACUGACAAGGGCGAGUCUCUGGGCAUCAGAUAUGAAGAGGGCCAGUCCCACCGACCCACCAACCCCAACGCAUCCAGAAUGGCCCAGAAAGUCGGAGGUGCUGAUGGGUGCCCUCGCUGUGGCCAAGCCGUGUAUGCAGCCGAGAAGGUGAUCGGAGCUGGAAAGUCCUGGCACAAGUCCUGCUUCCGCUGUGCCAAGUGUGGCAAAAGCCUGGAGUCCACCACCCUGGCAGACAAAGAUGGGGAGAUCUACUGCAAAGGUUGCUACGCCAAGAACUUUGGUCCCAAAGGCUUUGGCUUCGGGCAGGGUGCUGGGGCGCUGGUCCACUCGCAGUGAGGCAUCAGGAGCUGGUACCCAGGGCUCCUCUGUAGCAGCCUGUGCUGCUCAACCCGCACCGCACCGCAGCGAGCAUCCCACCACCACCAGUAACCACCCGCUGCUUCACAGCACGAGCCCCGUCCUCCCGCCCUGACCCGGUGCAUCCUGACACCAUGGGAUUCCCAGCAUCAUUCCCAUCAGGUCCUGCGGGUACCGGCAGGGGGUCAGCUCACAGCACCCGCAGCCAGGCCUGCAGCAUCCCGCUCCGUGCUGCCCAUCCCACUGGGAUGCGCGCUCAGCCGUGCCAGCAAUAAACAUCCAAACUGA